GUGAUUUCUCAUUUCUGAAAUUUUGUCUUCUCGGUUUUUUUGUCUCUGCCAGUCUGCCUAAUUAUGGCUGUCAGACAUUUUUGCUGAACAGUUUUGGCGAGAUAGUAAAGCUGUGUUGUUUCGUUAACCGAAUCUUCAGUUUAUCCUGAGGGAAUUUAAACUAACUGUGUAAGGUCUGUGUUGCAACUUGCAAGUGAAGACAUGGAGCAAACACGGAACAGUACGGUUCACGAACGAGUUUCGCGGGAUAGUGUGCCGUUCACUUUGAAGCUGACAAUUGACUGUUUCAAGUCCUUCAAAAAUCGAAAAGAAACCUUCCUCAGCGAGGGCAUAACGUCGUCGGAACUGGGAACCGACAGUGACUAUCAAGGACGCUGGCGAGUGCGCGUGGAGACCUGUUUCAAAGAAACUGUGGCGGAUUUGGAGUCAAAAUACGUUUCCGUUUAUCUGAGUUUCACCGACACUGAUAAGGAGGCCAAAACCUAUACCGGGGGCCAUUCGGUAGAUGCCCAGUUCAAAAUCAGCGUGUAUACGGGAAAGGAAAUGGAUGUGCUCCUCAAAGCCUCAUCCGCAUCCUACACCUUUUCCAACGCUAUCCGGGGCGGUUAUGGAUUCUCCAAGUUCUUCCCGUACGCAGAGCUGUUCGAUGGAGCGAUACUGAAAGACGACUCCGUGACUGUCGUCCUGGAUGUGGUUGUGUACCAGCCGCCGAAACUCGCACGCCUUUCCGAUGGUAUCAUCGCUAAGCCGUUUGAAUCCAAUGGGAAAUUAUUGCUGAACUUCGCUACCCGGCAAAAUCUACUGCUUUCGUCGGGACAGCCAGCGCAGUCAACGGACUUUGUCCUGCACUCGGGAGACGGGAAGCAGUUCUCCGUUAGUCGCAGUUUCCUCGCGGCACAGUCACCGGUAUUCUCGGCCAUGUUCAAGCACAACUGCAAGGAAAACCAGAUAGCGCGCUGCGAUUUGAAGGAUGUGGAUGGGGAAAGUGUGGGGAUCCUGCUGGACUAUGUGUACGGAUGCAAGUUCGGUCAGAUCAACCAGCGCAAUGCGGAGAGAGUGCUGAUUAUGGCUGAUAAGUACGAAAUGCUGGAUCUGCGUGCCGUGUGCGAGCAAAUCUUGGCUAGUAAUAUUCCUCUGAGAAGGCUGCACAUUAUCUCGUCCUAGCCAGACAGCGCGGAUUGGAUGUGCUGAAGAGAGCCGUGUUUGAUGUGCUGCCGGGAAAUAUGGAGCAUGUCCUGCAUACCGAAGCGUUUCAAGAGGUUAUGCAGGCGGAUGCUGGUCUGCUUCCGAUCAUCGUGGAACAUGCCUCAAAAAUGCAAGAAUAAGUACAAGUAUUCACACUGGUUCUUUUCCCUGGCGGCAAUGUCCUCUUUUUGAAUUAAGCCCUAAGUUUGAGUUGAAGACUUGCAGUACUUAGAUAAAUGUUAAUAAGUACCGUACAGUAUUACAGUAUCGGUUAUUGCCUAAAAGAUCAUAAAAUACGUUUCUUUGGGUAGCACGACAACUCUAUGACCUUCAUUUCGCUGACCGACAAUUUGAUGACCGACUUGUUGCUGACUACCACAACUUGCUGACCGACAAAUCGCUGACCGACAGUUCGUUUUCUUACAAACUGGCUGACCGACAUCUUGCUGAAACAAAUUUGCUGAACGACAGCUUACUUGUCGGUCAGCGAAAUGUCGGUAAUCGACAACUCGCUGACCGACAACUUGUAGAAGACGAAAACUUGCUGACCGACAGUUUGCUGACCAGUUCAACGCACAUUAGCGAUAUUUACGCGAAAACCAGAAUCUUCGUUGGUUUCAUAAAAAGGAAGCA